AUGCACUUCAAGUAUAUUCAAAGCAUGUUGUUGACAACUUGGCUUAGAGUUGAAACUGUCGCGGUCUUUGUAGGCCCAGUCAGCUACUUACUGCUGUCAAAACUUACAAAGGAAUCCCAGUUUCAUUACAACAAGAAUUACCCCUGCAUGGAAGUGAUUGUUGAGUUAAAAGAAGCAGGUUUCACCAAGGCCUACUCUGAGCUAGAAUCAGCCUUCUCUGGUCAUAAUGUUAUUGUUGCCAACUACUUUGCUGAUAUUCCAGCUGAAGCUUUCAAAACCCUAACUUCAUUACCUGGAGUUUCUGGUUUCACUUUUGAUUUUAUCCGUGGUGAAAAGGCUCUUGACUUGAUCAAGAGCAGCUUCCCAUCAGGGAAAUACCUUUUUGCUGGAGUUGUUGAUGGAAGGAACAUCUGGGCUAAUGAUCUUGUUGGUUCUCUAGCUGGUCACAAAAACGAAGCAUUCUUCUCAGCCAAUGUUGCUGUCCAGGUUUCAAGGAAGUCCUCCCCAAGAGUCACAAACGAAUCCUUGCAGAAGGUUGGCCUCUUUUUGUGUUUGCCCCAAGCCUCAGAUUUGCUUGGACCGGCCAUAGUGUCAGGCUGGAUGCCUAACAGAAAUUACACGAAAAUUAGGUUUGGAAUGUUGAUGUCAGAUUUUAUCGUAUCAAGGAUUUAUCAGCCAAACCCAUUUCCUAUUUUUACUUUGACCGAUACUCUCGCCCAGCUGAGAAAAGAGGUGGUGCAUGGAUGGAUGAAGUUGUUGCAAGAAGUCGUAUACAUCAGAUGA